UUAUUGUUAUUGAUUAUACAAACAAUUCAAAGACAAAAAUGCAACCCAUUGUUUUGUUCCAGCAACUGUACAAGUGUUGUAUCUAUCUAGUUAAAUAUUAAACAUACUUUUCAAUUAGGAAAUGAAAGGGAUUACCAUUUUCAGUGUACACGUCAGCCGGAGAAUUAAUGGCAUAAGUCUAUGGAAAGAGCUGAAAGGGAUCAUGUACAACUUAAUAUAUAGUUACGUGUUUGUGCUCUUUGCACGAUCUAACUGAAAUAUUCUGUCUUAUCGGUAAUUGUAAUGGCAUGGAUAGGAAACAAUUCAUUGAUUGAUGCUAAUUGAUUGCCUGGAUCAGUUUUGAAGCUGUGCAGUGUGUUUGGAUUAAUCGUGUGCAGCAAAUUUUAUAAGAUGAAAUUAUACGCGUGCUGAUUUUAACAGUACUUGAUUUUGUGUACAAAAGAAUUUUAAGUGAACUACAAUGUCUUAAGAAAUGUUGUGGUUGAGUAUAAAUAAUCUGAUGUUUGAAUAAAGGUGUUUUGGAACGCUAGUUGUUUGGAACGAUGAUGGAGGGCAUACCCAUUUGUGAUGAAAUGGAAGAAAGUGACAUACCAGACGUUGCAGAAAAGUCACAUGAGUCCACACCGCUGCAGACCAUUCCGUCAUCGUCUAACCAUCAUCAUGAUUUCACAGUGACAAAGGUUACAGACGCAGAACAUCAAAACCAUGGAAAGUCGGGGGGUAUUGCGCGCGUUUCUCAGUUUGACACGAUUGACGAGACAGUAGAGUUCUUGAAGCCCAAUGGCCGGCCAUCUACGCCCAAUGACACGCUAACUAGCAACAGCAUCACAGCCCUCUUGUCCAGCAAGUGGAGGGAUUUGUCCAAGAAAAUUCGAGAUUAUGGAGAGAAGACAAGGUUUCGAAAGAGAAUCGUCUCAAAGUGGGAGAGUUUGAAUUAUGACAUCAUAGAAAAUGAACUAUUCUGGCAAGAAAAAAACAAACCAAACAUAAAGAGGCAGUUGAUGCUCCAGUUCAUUCACCACUGGGUGAUCGUGUUUUUCAUCGGAAUCCUCACUGCAGUGCUGGCAGCUGCAGUCCACAUUCUCGUGGAGAAGUUAGCACACGCAAAGUUCCACUUAAUACAGACAUAUCUAGACAAAUGUUUCAAUGAGGGCUGCCUGUAUCAGCCUGCUCUUAUAUGGGCAGCCAUAAACGUGACGGUGACCUGCCUUGGGUCGGCACUGGUUCUCUAUUUACAGCCGCUAGCAGCAGGCAGUGGUAUACCGCUGGUGAAGUCUUACCUCAAUGGCCUCAAGAUACCCGGGCUGUUCACUCUGGAAUGCUUCAUUGCCAAGGUCGGGGGAGUGGUCAUGUCCAUACUGGGAGGUCUGGCAUGUGGCAAGGAAGGUCCCAUGGCACACUCAGGAUGCAUUAUAGCAGCAGGCUUGGCCAGGGGAAGUGUCAAGUUGCCAUGUGGGAAGAAACGCUUAAAACUUCAUAGCGGGUUUCAAGAUGACCACGAGAUACGUGACUUUGUGUCGGCAGGGGCUGCCUCAGGGGUAUCGGCAGCCUUUGGGUCCCCUAUAGGGGGCACUCUGUUCUCAGUGGAGGAGGCAGCCAGCUUCUGGAGUCAGUCGCUUACCUGGAGGGUGUUUUUUGCAGCGAUGAUGUCUUGUUUUUUCACUAACUUCCUGCUCAGCUUAUAUCACGGGACCCCCAACAAUCUGUCGGAGCCAGGGCUGGUUCGUUUCAAUGUUAUACCGAAUUUAUCAUUUUCAUUGAUCGAGUUCCCAGUUUUCCUGAUAAUGGGAGUAGUUGGUGGGCUAAUUGGUGCUGCUUUUGUUGUGCUCAACUAUAAACUAACUGUGUUUAGAAAUAGAUACAUGAAGUUAAAAUGGAUGAAGGUGAUAGAGGCGGGCGUGGUGGCGAUGGUGACAGGCCUCGUGGCCUUUGCCAUGUUUGUCUCCCUUGAUCAGUGUACAGACAAGGUUCCAUAUGAUGCAGAUGCCAUAGUGGCAAAGCUUAGUUGCCCAGAGAACCAGCAUCAUUCCCUGUCUACAAUAUUCCUGGCCACGCCCGAGGGAUGCCUUAAAGCCCUUCUGCACGAUCCCUACGGAUCGUUUGGUCCAGUGACCCUGUCCAUAUUUGUGGUCGUGUUUUUCUUCCUUGCCGUCUGGACGUAUGGCCUUGGCGUGUCUAGCGGCGUGUUCAUUCCCUCACUUGUCAUCGGCGCUGCCUGGGGGCGACUGUUCGGGAUUGCAGUCGUCCACCUGUUUCCAGGCAACAAGGACCUAUAUGCGCAGGAGAUAGGCAAGUACGCCUUGAUUGGGGCCGCGUCCCAGCUGGGCGGAGUCCUGCGUACGACCAUCAGCCUGACCGUCAUCAUAGUGGAGUGCACGGGAAACAUUUCCUUUGGCCUGCCCAUCAUGAUAGUGCUUAUGAUCUCCAAGUGGGUCGGAGACUUCAUCUCAACGGGCCUGUACGACAUGAACAUAGAGGUGCUAGGUCUGCCCCUGUUACCAUGGGAACCGCCGGCACUCUGUGACACUAUUAAAGCAUGUGACCUGAUGAAUUCUCCUGCCCUGUGUGUAAACAAAAUAGAGAGUGUGGGUCGCAUAGUGGACAUUCUGAAGAAUGAAGCCUUCUGUGGAUUUCCCGUCGUCAAUGCCAAGGGAUUGGAUUACAGCAAACCUGAGAAGGUGCGAGGUCUGAUCCUGCGAUCUCAGCUGCUUGUCUUACUCAAGCUCAAGAUCUACAGCCCCAGCAGUCUGGUGCAGCCCAACACGGUAACACUGAAGGACUUCCGUAACUACGGCAACCAGCACUUAAAGAUUGAGGAUAUACAUAUAACAGAUGAAGAAAGGGACUACAUGAUGGAUCUACGACCAUAUCUUUCACCAAACCCAUAUACUGUGGGACCAUCGUUUUCUCUGCCCCGGUUAUUUCGUCUGUUCCGAGGUCUUGGAUUGCGCCAUCUAGUCGUGGUGAAUGACUGUAACGAGCCAGUUGGGAUGAUCACGAGAAAAGACCUGGCCAAGUUCCGUGUGGAGUCAAAGAGAGGACUGAUCAAGGUGGAGGAGCUCAACAUCGCGACCAAGUGACCUGUAAUAUCGAACAUGAAAUGUUUGCAUACCUCCAUAGCCAAAUAUAGUAUUUGAUAAUUUGAUAUGUUUUGUGUGAAAUUAUGCUUCAAAGCAAGAAAAACUUGCAAGCUCACCAAGAUAAAUCUGAGUUUGUCUUAUCUGAAAUUUACUGGGGCAGUGCUUAUGGGCAUGUGCUCAUUUUAUUAUCAUUGUUGCAUAAGAUGAUAGAAUGAGGUAGAGCGAAGGCAAGAAUCAACAAAAAACACUAUGCAAAUACUGUGAUAAAUGCAAAAUGUAUUCACAUGUAAUUACCAAUCAUACUUAAUGUAUGAACUAUAGUUCAGUCAGUUAGUAAAAAAAUAGACCUAACCUGGAACUAAUUGCAACAUAAUUUAUUUUAGCACUUUUUGUAUUCUAAAUAUAUGUUGUUUCUGUGGAAAAAAGUCCUCCUCUUUUGUUCUUUCCAUUUCAAAUGUUUUUCUAGUUUUCACAAUCAUAAACCACAAAUUUACAUGUUAGCAAAAUAGUCUUGUAAUUUUUUU